UUCAAAUUCAUGGGGAAGCUUAUCGUGCCUUUUAGCGUUAUCUGGGUAUGUUGUGUCACGUGGUCUGAUAUCUAAACAUUAUGAGUUUAAUGCCAACCUGCUGUUCAGCACAGAUAUGGAUGAUAUAUUUGAAAUAUACUUUAAACCUUGGUCAAGGAUAGGACCUUAUGUUGUAGGAAUAUAUACCGGAUAUUUAUUGUACAAAACAGAGUGUAAAAUAAAAUUCUCAAAGUUAAUAAAUUGUGUUGGGUGGGUGUUGGCUACAUGUGUCGCGAUAGCCGUGGUAUAUGGCCUGUACACACCGGACGGUUCAACGGAUAAAUUAAAUGUGGACAUGUCCGCCCUGUACAAUGCCACUGCAAGAAUAGCAUGGUCCCUUUCCGUUGCCUGGGUCAUACUCUCGUGUGCGAGUGGAUAUGGUGGACCUGUGGACGCUUUCCUCUCAUGGAAAGGUUUUGCCCCACUCAGUCGUCUGACAUACUGCGCUUACCUGUUACAUCCGAUCGUCAUCACAUUACAAGUGUAUAGCAGACGAACCUUAGAGCACUGGUCGGACAUAGAACUGAUUUAUAGAUUCAUUGGUCACAUGUGCAUUACGUAUGCAUCCGCAUUUGUUAUAUCUCUGGCGUUUGAGUCUCCAAUGAUUGGACUGGAGAAAUGCUUGCUUGGUCGGAAGAAAAACAACUAGAUCCUCACGCACUUUAUGAUAAUAAUAUUUACACAUAAUGCAUCUAUGAAACGGAUCGUUUACAACAUUGUCCAAACAAAUGGAACUACUCUGUAUUCUGCAUUAAAAGUGUA